ACUCUACACAAAAACACAAUAUUUGUGUCAAUACUUUUUAAUCCACCAUAUUGGUGGUAAAUUUAAAAAAAAAACAAUAUUUGUGUCAUUUAUCCCUACAUCCACGAAAAGAGUUAUAGACAUUGGACAACAAUAGAUAUUAGAUAAUUGGGUUAAUACCCUAGUUUGGCCCGAAGUUUAGCGUAAAUGGCAGUUCUGGUCCCAUUUUUCAAAUAAGACAUUUAUGGCCUACUUUUGAAACUAUUGGACAGAUUUGGCCCGAAACUUAUGUUGACUGUUAGUUUUAACUGUCAAACAUUUAACCCUUCAUUGACUCCGCAUUCAGUGUUGAGGUGACAGUGACAUGGCUUCCACAUCAUUUAUUUAUGUUUAACAUUCUAGAAAAUGAAAAUAAAAUAAAAAAUAAAACCUAAUCCCUAUCGAUUUGGCUCUGUAACCUAGCCACCUCUUCUUCAUCCCUCUCCUCUGUGACUCUUUCCUUUCCAGUGGGUACAAGAAGGAGCGGCGAGCACGCCGCCGGCGCCCGACGAUAAUGUUGGACAAGAAGUUCAUAAGCGAAGGGCUGACCUCGGCGACCUCCACACGUCGGGGAUGAUCUUGGAAGCCGUAAGGGUGAAGGCCAUCAAUCCAGUGGCGGCCAUUUCAGAAACCUUCAAUCCGUCGAUUCGAACCCUUUCAGAAACCUAGAAACCCCAAAAUCUUAUCUCAAACCUUCAAUCCUCCCUUGACCUUCAAUCAGCUAAUUUACCAUUUCACAAACCCAAAAAACCCCAAAAUCGAACCCUUUUAGAAAUCCAGACAACCUCCAAAAUCAUGUCCCCUGUUCACACCUACCAAACUCGCCUCUCGAUCUCAUCUCAAGGAACAAGGAGAGAAAAUCUAUCACCGGUAAAAAAGGUCACUACUGAGAAAAAAAGAUUUGGAGUGAUUAGGCCUCCGCCACCCUUUCUCAUUUGCUUAUUUUUUGCUUCCUCUGCACCAGAUGUCUCUUCGACGAUUGGAUCUCCAGGUCAUGAUGGUUUGGCGGCAAUACAGAAUUUUUUGUGGGCUAGAUUAUCGACUAGAGAGAGGGAGGAGGUGGGUGGCGCCGGCGAUUGUUGGGGAGAGUUUGAGUAGGCAGGAUAGGCCCUUCGAGGGAUGAGCAGAAGUACGAGGCGGUGUUAACAGAGGAGCUAAUUCGCCGGAGUUGCGGCAGAAUAGGUGAAUUAGGAGUCGAAGAGGGGGAACGGAUAGAAUAACAACAACCCUUUUGUUGUUACGGUAACAACAAGGGUAUAAGAGUAAACUUACAAGUAAAUUCCAGAUCUCAGUCUGUCUUCUUCCUUUCAUCCAUCGACGAUACGACAACUGGGCAUCGGAAGAGCAUCUCCGACGACCUGCCUUCCGACCACCCCGCAGCGGCGACGUUUCUACUCCGCCACGCUUCAUCCUUCGCCGCCCCUGUUUCUUUUCCGCCGCCUCUGCUUCUUCUGUCACCAGCCGUUUGAGGUCGUGAAGGCGAGGAAGAACGUCGUUGUCGGAAAAAUCAGAGAUAACAAGGCGUCGCCGAUUGGAGACUCUGUCGAAGUAAAUUGAGAGCUCCAAGAUGAGACAGGAUUUUGAGAUCAUCUCCGGACGGCUAGCAAUUGAGUUUGUGAUUCCAAUUUCUAUAUUCCUCCCUUUUCCUCCGAUUCAAUUGAGUCAUGCGUGUUGCCUUCGCGACGACGGUGGCGGAUUGUGUUCGCGGUGAUGGUGGCGGCAGAAGUGGUGAUGGGAACUCGUUGUUGGGGAAAGUUGGAUCUGGGUGGGGAACCCUGUUCGCUCUCGCCGUUACCUCCUUUGCUUUCGCACUUCACCGCAACGAGAUCUUCUCUGUUCUCCUGAUCUCGUGCGCAUGGUGGAGGCCUUGUGCACAUGGUGGAGAUGAAGCAUGUUAUUCAGCUAGGGACUUCAUGGGUUUAGAGUGUUAAUUAUUUGACACAGGGAUCUACUGCAGCUCUAAAACAUGUCUCUUUGUUCUCUUCUAGCUCUAUUCCAGCUCAAUUAUAUGUCUUGAUUUGCCCAGCUCUUUUCUCAUUCGUUCUCUUCUAGCUCUAUUCCAUCUCAAUUAUAUGUCUUGAUUUGCCAUUUAUUUUGAUUGAUUCUUGCCAUUGAUUCCAGUGAAAUGAGAUUUAUGUUGAAUGUUUGAUUGCUGUCACUGAGAUUUUUGAAUGUCGACAUUGAAGGAUUUUUGAAUGUCGACAUUGAAAGUGUUGGCAUAUUUUUACAAGUUCGAGUAAUUUCAAGUUCACUUGAAAGCACAUCAAAAGUCUUGGAAUGCACAUCAUAAAUCUUAUAAAACAUACUACAAAUAUCACAAUUAUUUAGAAAGCAUACUAGAAACCUCUCAAUACAGACUAUAAAUUGCCUAAAACAUACUAGAAACACCACAAAGCAAACCACAACUAUUUCUAAAACACAUCAAAAACCUCCUAAUGCAAACCACAAAUGCGAUAAAACAAACCAGAAACUUCUUAAUGCAAACCAGAAACCUCCUAAUGCAUAUCACAAAUCUCCUAAAACAAACCAGAAACCUCGCAAAGCAAACCACAACAUUUGCGAAGCACACAAGAAACCUCCUAAUGCAAACUAGAAACCUCCGAAUGCAUACCACAAAUCUCCUAAAACAAACCACAAACCUCACAAAGAAAACUACAACAUUUGCGAAGCACACAAGAAACCUCAUAAUGCAAACCACAAACACAGUAUAUCAAACCACAAAAACCAAACCAUAAACGUCCUAAUGUAGACCACAAGUAUAUUAAAACAAACCAGAAAUCCCUCAAUGCAAACCACAAAUUUUUUGAAAGCAAACCAGAAACUUCUCAAUACAAACCACAAACACGAUAAAGCAAACCAGAAACUUCUUAAUGCAAACCACAAACACGAUAAAGCAAACCACAAAAGGCAUACAAAAAUAUGAUAAACCAAACCAUAAAUCUCACAAUGCAGACCAUAACAUCCGGUGGUCGUUGGCCGUUGACCGGUAAAUGAAGACCGUUGACCGGUCAACGAACGAAUUUCGUUGACCAAACUCCGAUGACCGUCAGUGAGUAGAUUCCGGCGCCGAUAGGCAUAUUCCGGCCCCGAUGACUAGAUUCCGACGCCGGUAAGCAUAUUCCGACCACGGUGAGCAUAUUCCGAUGCCAAAAUAGCAUAUUCCGGUGACAAAAAAGCAUAUUCCGGCGACCAAGAUUUUGGGCCGAAAAUAAAAAAAUUUAUUUAUUUUAUUGUUUAUGAUUAUUUAAACAUAUUUUUCAUAAUGACAAUUAUACCCCUGCUUUGAUUUUACACUAGGUCAACUCAUCUAAUAAAAGUCAUCACAACCCUAGCUUCCUAUUGGUUGGAGACUAGUGUUGUUACAAUAACAACACAAGGGGUGUUGUCAUAGUAACCGGUCCCCCGAAGAGGAGAGUGAAAAAAGUCUAUGGAAAAAAAAAAUCAUAUAUUUAAUUAGUUUUAAUUUUUAAUUUAAUAAAUGAUGACAUGUAUGAUCCUAGUCAGCACUAGAUGUUGAGUUAUUAACGGAUUAUAUGUUUGACCGUUAAAACUAAUAGUCAAUACAAGUUUCGGGUCAAAUCUGUCCAAUAGUUUCAAAAGUAGGCCGUAAAUGUCUUAUUUAAAAAAUGGGGUCAGAACUGUCACUUACGCUAAACUUCGGUCCAAACUAGGGUAUUAACCAUAGAUAAUUUGAUUCAUAUAUCAGAAGUAUUCUGAAACGACUGUCAAGGAAAAUUGAAUAGCUAGGAACGAGACUGAACAUUUGUCUUGCUGAGUGAAAGCUGAAAAUUGUUCAUAUUAUAAUCAUCAUCUGGGGGGCAUAUUGUACAAAGAGAUCUCUAUGAAUGAGAUGACAUCUUACAUUUACCGUGGCAGCAGCCAUCCUUCACCUGGGAAAGAGAAGUCCCAAAAAGGAAAAAAAAAAGGGGGGGGAAAUAAUGCCAAGAGCCUACACCUUUUAGUUCUCUGCAAUCAUGGCAGAGUUUACAAAAUGUAGGGGGUUCUUGAGAUGGUUUCAAUACUGCUCGAAAAAUUUCCAUAUACACAUCUUGGUUCUUCUUUCUUUCUAUGGACUGAAGUCACAACAACAAUUUGAGUAGUUGAACUUGUAUGUGUACCAGAAGGCGGCAAAGCUUAGAACUUUGGAGCUACCCUUUUCAUUCCAGGACUUCGGAAGGCCAAAGCCGUUUCCACCUUGAGAUUUCGUCAUCUUUGCUAAGCUUUCUGACACCGCCGUAGAACCCAUCCGCCUCAUUCCCUUCCUCUCGAUGGUCCUUUCUGUUCACCGUUGUUCGCCUCCACCGUGAUCCUGGAGCAUACUGAUGGAACUCCAACACUACGGUCUCUGUUUGCAACAUACAAAAAAAAAAAAAAAAAGUCAAAACGAUAGCAGUAAAGAUGAUUGAGAAAUCAAUGUCUUCUGUGGCACAUUCGGCUAUUGAUGUACACAA